CUAGCUAGCCAUGGGUGUUAUGGUCAGAGUUUUAAUUGCGGGCCUUUGCUUGGGUGUCGCUGCCUUAUUUCAAAAUUACCGUUUACUAAAACAGCCCAUCCCUGCGCCUAAAUUAGAUGACAAACAAUAUUGGGGACCAGGCAGUGGAGCUGAUUAUAAAGAAGAUGUUGCAAUUAAACCAUUCGAUAUUACCGCAAAACCGGAGAUUAUUGAAGAUCUUAAAUUACAACUACAACGACCAUUAAAAUUACAUGAUCCAUUGGAAGAUGUGGCAUUCGAAUAUGGUUUCAACUCGAAAUAUUUACAAAAGGUUAUCAAAUACUGGCGUGAUGAUUAUUUGCCCAAAUGGUCGGAACGUGAAAGUUAUUUGAAAAAGUUUAAUCAUUUCCAAACCGAAGUUCAAGGAUUGAAAAUUCAUUUCAUGCAUAUUAAACCCAAGAAGACUGAAGGUAAAAAAGUAUUACCCUUACUCUUGUUGCAUGGCUGGCCCGGUUCUGUGCGUGAAUUCUACGAAAUUAUUCCCUUGUUGACGACACCCAAUGACAAGAGUGAUUAUGUCUUUGAAGUUGUUGCUCCCAGUUUGCCCGGUUAUGGUUGGUCACAAGCUCCUUCCAAGAAGAACUUUGGUCCAGCUGAAAUGUCUGUUGUUAUGCGUAAUCUUAUGUUGCGUUUGGGUCACAACAAAUUUGUCAUUCAAGGUGGUGACUGGGGCUCCAUUGUUGGUUCCAACUUGGCUUCUCUAUUCCCUGAAAACACUCUGGCCUACCACUCGAACAUGUGUGGCAAUAUGGCUCCUGCUAGCAUGAUUAAAAUGGUUGCUGCAAACUUCUUACCCAGCUUCUACUAUGAAAAACAAUAUGCCAAAUUCUUUAAACCUUUGGGUGAUUUCUUCGCCUCCACUAUGGAAGAGACUGGUUACAUGCAUUUGCAAGCCACUAAACCCGAUACAAUUGGUACUGCUCUCGCCCACAAUCCAGUUGGUUUGGCUGCUUACAUCAUGGAGAAAUUCUCCACCUGGACUAAUGUUGAAUUUAAACAUUUACCUGAUGGCGGUCUAACCAAACGUUACACACUCGAUAGUCUACUCGAUAAUGUUAUGGUCUAUUAUCUAACCAAUUCAAUCACCACUUCUCAACGUCUAUAUGCUGAAGCAUUUACCAAGUCCCAAAUGGAGCUGCAAUUGGAUCGUGUCGCUGUUAAGGCACCAACUGGCUGUGCUCGUUUCCUUCACGAUUUGUGGCAUGCUACCGAUUGCCAGUUGAAGGACAAAUUCGUGAAUUUAGUUCAAAGCACAUACUACGAAGAUGGUGGCCAUUUCGCUGCCAUGGAGUUGCCACAAGUAUUGUACAAUGAUUUCAUUGAAUUUGUUAAGAAAGCUAAGUUAUAAAUUUUAUCGAUUUUUU